CAAACAGAGCAAAAUUAGAGUUUCUAUUGGACACAUUCAGGUAGGUCCCUCCCCGUUUCGUUUGCUUCCAUUUUAAGAAACGUUUUGCAACUGAUUCGCCUAAAUGAAUAAGCCACUUUUUUUAACCGGAGGAGCUAGCCAGAGAGCAGAAAACAACAACAGCAGCGUGAACGAGGCUAAACAACGGGCUAGCUAGCUAGCUACAUGAAUAGCGACAACAGCGACCAGGAUUUGUCAAACGCAAUGCCCUUAGUUAUCUUAAUUAUUUGUCUUCUAGUCGGAUAAUGUGAGUAAUGUCAUUUUAAGCUUGGACCAAACAUAUUUGCUGUUGCAUAUCGCUUUGCAUUGACAUUACGAACCUUACUCGAGAGCAAGCUACCUAGCAAUCGACGUCUCUCUAUGUUUGAAUAUCUUCCGGCGGCAGCAGCGGUGUCAUGAACAGUGGACUCCCAGCUUCAGCUGCUCCACUCGGGGGUGUCGGAAUACCCUGCGUCAAGGUGAAGUUCUGCCGAUACUACGCAAAGGAUAAGACUUGCUUUUAUGGGGACGAGUGUCAGUUUUUGCAUGAGGAGCCUUCUAUGGCAAGCAUGUCCCUUCACAGUGGAGCAAGUCCUGUCCCUUUAUCCAUGUCUGGAGGAGCCGUGACGUAUCCGCUUAGUGCACCCCCGGCCUGCCCGGUUGGGGUACCGAACGUCCCCAAAAAGGGCGACUCUCUGGGGCCUGCAGGCACGGUUCUGGAGGGACAGAUGUUAACCAUCCCUGGGAUGGAGAGCGGGACCCUGAGCGAUGCCAAUCUGACCAACUCCUACUUCAGCAGCAGCUUCAUUGGGGUCAACGGCUUCGGGAGCCCGGCAGAGUCUAAAUACUCUAUCAUGCAGAGAAUCACCAACAGCAGCAGUUCUCCCAGUCUCCUUGACGACGGUGCCAAGAACUUCAGCCACAGCGCUCACGAUCCAGGGAAUUCCCCCAUGUCUUCACUCUUCAGUGACUUUGGUGCUCUGAGCAUAUCACAAAGGAGAAAGGGUCCUAACCCUACAGCCAAUGAGUUCAUCCCUAAGGGGGUUCCCCGCAUGGCCACUAUGGUCCAGUCCAGUGGUCCGGCCUUCCCAUCGCCCCUCUUCCCCCACCUCGGCCUCAGCAACUCCACCGCCCUCGCACCUGGGAUGUCUCUCUCUGCGGGGUCCACACCCCUCCACUCCCCUAAAAUCACCCCCCAAACCUCACCUGCCCCUCGCCGGCGUAGCCACACCCCCAACCCCAAUAACCCCAACCCAGCCAACUACAUGGUGUCCACCAGUGUGUCUGACCAGGGGGCCCACAUCAUCCAGAAGGAGACGGUGGGGGGGACCACCUAUUUCUACACGGAUAACACCCCCGCUCCCAUGGCCGGGAUGGUGUUUCCUACCUACCACAUCUACCCUCCCACUGCUCCCCACGUGGCCUACAUGCAGCCCAAAGCCAACGCUCCGUCCUUCUUCAUGGCUGAUGAGCUCCGACAGGAGCUGAUUAACAGACAUCUGAUUACCAUGGCUCAGCUUGACCAGUCAGAGAACACAGGUGUUCCAUCUGAGGUGGAUAGCUACCACAGCCUGUUUCCCCUGGAGCCUGUCCCCCCUCCCAACCGCCUGCAAAAGACCAGCAACUUCAGCUAUAUCACUUCCUGCUACAAGGCUGUCAACAGCAAGGACGACCUACCGUACUGCCUGAGGAGGAUACAUGGUUUCAGGCUGGUGAACACAAAGUGUAUGAUGCUGGUGGACAUGUGGAAGAAGAUCCAGCACUCCAACGCUGUUACCCUGAGGGAGGUCUUCACCACCAAGGCCUUUGGAGAUCACUCGUUGGUGUUCUCCUAUGACUUCCAUGCGGGGGCAGAGACCAUGUUCAGCCGGCACUUCAACGACCCCGCGGCCGACUCCUACUUCACCAAGAGGAAGUGGGGACAGCACGAGCCCACUCCACCGCGGCAGCACGCAGGUCUGCUCCCCGAGUCUCUGAUCUGGGCCUACAUCGUCCAGCUAAGCUCAGCCCUCAGAACUAUCCACACUGCUGGUCUGGCCUGCAGGGUCAUGGACCCCAGCAAGAUCCUCAUCACCGGCAAGACCAGGUUACGAGUGAACUGUGUCGGGGUGUUUGACGUCUUAACGUUUGACAACAGUCAGACCAACCAUGUGACCCUCAUGCCACAGUACCAGCAAGCGGACCUGAUAUCCCUGGGGAAGGUGGUGUUGGCCCUGGCCUGUAACUCUCUGGCUGGCACUCAGAGAGAGAACCUGCAGAAGGCCAUGGAGUUGGUGUCUAUCAACUACUCAUCAGACCUCAAGAACCUCAUCCUGUAUCUGUUGACAGAGCAGUCUAGGCUGCGCAGCGUUAAUGACAUCAUGCCCAUGAUUGGAGCUCGCUUCUACACACAGCUGGAUGCAUCACAGAUGAGGAAUGAUGUCAUCGAGGAGGACCUGGCGAAGGAGGUCCAGAAUGGUCGUCUCUUCCGUCUGUUGGCCAAACUGGGCACCAUCAACGAGAGACCAGAGUUUCAGAAGGACCAUACGUGGUCUGAGACGGGGGACCGGUACCUGCUGAAGCUGUUCAGAGACCACCUGUUCCACCAGGUGACAGAGGCUGGAACCCCCUGGAUAGACCUCAGCCACAUUGUUUCCUGCCUCAACAAACUGGAUGCGGGCGUGCCUGAGAAGAUCAGCUUAGUGUCUCGGGAUGAGAAGAGUGUUCUGGUGGUGACCUACUCGGACCUGAAGCGCUGCUUCGACAACACCUUUCAGGAGCUGCAGCAGGCCGCUGUCGGACCGCUGUAGCGCCCCCCCCACAGGCAGCGGGGUGGGGCUGCCUGAACCGUACAGCACAUUAUUGCACUACAGCGGAGGACCAGGCGCAUAGUGAUGACAUCAGCGUGGCGAGAGAGGCAGAGGGGGUGGGACUUGCUGGACCUCAGUCACAUACACUGUCUUGGCAACCAGGAAGGCUUUUCUAAAGCUGUUUUUUUAUUUUUCCUAAAAUCCUGCAGCUGCGAUGACAAGUAAUGGACAAAAACGGAAGCUGUAAAGAUUACGAACGCUUAAUUUUUUUUAGACUUGGGGAACAAAACGGAUACUAAAAAAUAAAACCACCACGUGGGAUUUAACUUUUUCCUGCUUUUAUUUUUUAUUUUUUUAUAGAUAUUUUUUUUUUCUCCCUCUGUGGAGGAUGGACUAAGAUGGUUGACUUUUUUAAAUGAAUGUGAGUGGCCUACAGGCUGCACCUACCGAGAGUGGUGAACACACACUGAGAUCCUAAUAUAAAAUCAGGCUUUAUUUUUACUGUGUGUCUUCCUGCUGGAGACCACACCCCUUCAUACCAACGCUCUAAGAGACGGGACAGACCACUGGACACUUUCAAAGGGGGUGGUCAGGGAACCCAUUUCUGAAAUGGACCUCCUUGCUUGUCGGUUCCCACUCAAAAGGACAAACCACUGAGUUUUUGGGUAGAGUGCUGGGUUCGGGACUCAGACAGACCAUUGGUCAAUUCAAUGCCUUGAUGUGGAGGUCAAGGGUCAUGCAACAUUGAGGUCAUGUGUUAGGGGGGCUAUUGCGUUAAACUGGUUUCUGUUGGCACUGAGGUAGGGUUUUGUCUAGAAGGGAUACAUUUUUUGGCUAAAUUGACUUUUUGUAGCAGGUUUAGGAUAACUUACACCGCAGUUUAGGAAAAGGGUCAGGGUUAGUUAAAAUGCACCAAAAAUCAACUUUUUCCAUAAAUUUUACAAAAGCUGUAUCCUAUCUAGACAUGAUCCUUAGGAAGGGGUAUCUUCUCCCUGUUUGUGAUAUAGCGCAGGGUCAUAAAAGCAGCAGGCUCCAUAAUUGCUUCAUGAUGGACACUAUUGUGGAAAAUGUUGUGACACCAAUGAUGAACUCAGUGAGAUGGAAUAUUUAGGUCUGGCUCAUCAGCGCUGGGAUGAAGCCCACAGACUGGGCUCAAUGUGGAAUGUCCUCCUUUUUGUUGCCUCUUUCUCUCUAUCUGCUCCCCUGCUUCCUUCCCCUGAGGGGUCUCUGCCAACCUCUUCAUUUGAGAAUAAGUGAUACUUUAAAAAAACAUUUUUUUUUUUUUUUUUUGCUGGUUCCCCUCAUUUUGUUCAGCUGUUGUGCAGUGAUGCAUGAUGGGACAUGGAAGGGAAGGUCUUUCUCCCUCAACACAAACGUUAUGCUGUGGACCAAUUCCAGCUGGGGUGGGGACGGAGGGGGCAAGGAACAGGACAAAGUGGUCAGUAAGAAGAGGUUUUAAUAACAUCUGUUUUUAUUUGACCAUUUAAUUUUUUUAAAUCAUGUGAGACAAAAUGUGCUCGACACCGAGCAGCGACAACCAGGAAUUUAACCUCUGACCUCUCCCAGUGGUCACCUGGGAUCUUCCCCCUGAAGUGCGCACUUAUUCAAUCCCUCUCAUGGUUUUAAAAAUAAGGGAUUGGCGUGAGCCGCUGGAAACUGCUUAUACCAAUCCAAUGAUUUUAAAUUCACAAGGGGUAGUGAAGGAGUUUACUCUUCAGGAAGAAAAAUCUAGAAUUUGGGAGAGGGUGGGUAAAGAUUGGUGAGCAGUAGCUGAUGCAUUCAGAAACAAGGGUCUAUUCAGAAGGGUGAAACGUUCAGUGUUUUGUAUAUAUCAUAGACUUCUAGUCACACGAGAUGAGGUAACUGUGUCUUUAUCACUGUUCUAUGUGUAACAUAUUGGACGGUCCACCCCAUUGAAUAGACCUUCUGUUGAAUGGUUUGGAAUUCUCUCAGGAUGACGGACAGCAGGAGGGGCCUGAUGACUGAAUGUGUUUGGCCGUCAUUGGUCGCCCUUUAUCCAGUCAGAUCGAUGUGGACUGGACUCCAGGUGGAGAUACUGUGGGGGAAAUUGAUAGAUGGCCCUAAGCACAGAUUUAGAAUCCGUUUACUCUGUCCAACCUUACCUGACCUACUUGGGGAUGUCAACAUACUGACCCUGUCAGUGAUUAGGGGCAUUUCUUACCCAAUAUUCCAUGAGGCGACAUGGGAGUUGCCCCAUAGUACAGAUCUAGGAUCUGUUUACUCGACACCUAGCCUAUCCUGAACCAUUUAGGAGUUGAAGAGUAAAACUGACUGUAGAUCAGUACUUAGGGGCCACUUGAUCUAAAACCUGCUCGGAAUUAGAAUCAUGUACUGUUUUCAGUGAAAUGAUCGAGACCGAAGAGGUAUGUGGUGCUUAGAACUCAAAUUUUAAACAGGUCACACUAAUCCACCCUAUCAAUAUCCCCCCUAUCAAUAUCCCCAACAACUCAUGACACUCUCCUCUCCCCCCCACUACACCACUCUAACACUCUCCUCUCCCCCACCCCACUC